CGUACUGUGCAGGCGCCGCAAGCGUUUCCGGUAUCUCAGCCCCUCCCUCUGGGUUUUGGUCCGCCUCCCGCGCCCUUCGGAGCCUGUUCGCGUCGACUGACCAGAGUCCGCGAAUUCACCGCUCCACGCCCGUCGGAACUGCCCCGACCCCAGCUUUCUAUCCUUUGAAAACACUAAGAAUAAUGUCCCUGCAUCAGUUUUUACUAGAGCCAAUCACCUGUCAUGCCUGGAACAGGGAUCGUACCCAGAUUGCCCUGAGCCCUAAUAAUCACGAAGUCCACAUCUAUAAGAAGAACGGGAGCCAGUGGGUGAAAGUUCAUGAACUCAAGGAGCACAAUGGACACAUCACAGGUAUCGACUGGGCUCCCAAGAGCGACCGCAUCGUCACUUGCGGGGCAGACCGCAAUGCCUACGUCUGGAGUCAGAAAGAUGGUGUCUGGAAGCCAACCCUGGUAAUCCUGAGAAUUAAUCGUGCAGCCACUUUUGUCAAGUGGUCUCCACUAGUAAAUAAAUUUGCUGUGGGAAGUGGAGCGCGACUCAUUUCCGUUUGUUACUUCGAGUCCGAAAAUGACUGGUGGGUAAGCAAGCACAUUAAAAAAAGCCCAAUUCGUUCCACCGUCCUCAGCUUGGAUUGGCAUCACAAUGUUUUGCUGGCAGCAGGAUCAUGUGAUUUCAAAUGCAGAGUGUUUUCUGCAUACAUUAAAGAAGUGGAUGAAAAGCCAGCCAGUACGCCCUGGGGCAGCAAGAUGCCUUUUGGUCAGCUGAUGUCAGAAUUUGGUGGCAGUGGCACUGGUGGCUGGGUGCACGGCGUCAGCUUCUCUGCCAGUGGGAGCCGCCUGGCCUGGGUCAGCCACGACAGCACCGUGUCCGUUGCUGAUGCCUCAAAAAGCAUGCAGGUCUCAACUCUGAAAACAGAGUUCCUGCUCCUGAGUGUAUCGUUUGUCUCGGAGAACAGCGUUGUUGCUUGCUGUAAGUAUUUCUCUCCAUCUUUACUUGGCCAUGACUGCUGCCCAAUGCUGUUUAACUACGAUGACCGUGGCUACUUGACUUUCGUCUCCAAGCUAGACAUUCCAAAGCAGAGCAUCCAGCGCAACAUGUCUGGCCAUGGACGCUUCCGCAACAUGGACAAGAGGGCCACGACCGAGGACCGCAACACAGCCUGGAGACCGCACCAGAAUAGCAUCACUCAAGUAUCUAUUUAUGAGGUGGACAAGCAAGAUUGUCGCAAAUUUUGCACUACUGGCAUCGAUGGAGCCAUGACAAUUUGGGAUUUCAAGACCUUAGAGUCUUCCAUCCAGGGCCUUCGGAUAAUGUGAAGCUGCGUGAGCCUCCCAAACCCAGCAUGACUGACUGACAGACUGCCCCGUCGCAGCUCCACCAUUUGCAUGAUGGUGCGGAGAGCCAGCCGCAAGGAAACACUGAAGACACGUAUCUCGCAAAUGUUGUUUGUGUGUUUUUGUUUGAAUAUAAGUGGUGAAAGUGUGGUUUUUAAAAGCAGCAGUGAUUGGAUUUUGUUUGUUCUUUUGGUUUUUGUUUUUCUGUUUGUUUUGUUUUUUGGUUUUUUUUGGUUUGGGUUUUGAUUUUGCUAUUUCAUUCCAUUCUCGACCAAAGCUUCUGUUUUAGUAGUUUAUUAUGGAAAAUUGUCACACUAACUUAAAAGAAAGGGUGGGGAGAUAUGUAAAUUGCUAAAAACAAUUAAAUAAAAAUACUGAAAUGUGUU